UCCCCCAAUAAUAUCAGAGAAGCUUAAUAUGGUGGUGAAAGAAGGGAGAAUAGGAGUAAAGCUGAUCAGCAGGAGAGGAAUGUCGGAAGUGGACAUCCAUAAAUCCAAAAAUGGCAGUGGGUUCUCAUUCACGUGUAAUGGAUGGGAAGGGUUUGUGGAUGAGCACGACCUGCAACUGGGUGAUUUUCUGGUUUUUGAACACAUGGGGAACCUCAUCUUCAAGGUCACCUUGUUCGACCCCACUUGCUGCGAGAAAGGUUUCCCCGUCCAGCAAGAAACCACCAGCAAUGAAGACGAUCAUAUGACAACAACAACAACAACAGUUCAGUUAGAUCCCAUGAGAGAUAAUGGCUGCCCUAGUAAUAAUGGUCCUAAUGAUGUGAAAGUGGAGGCUAAUAAGGGAGAAGAUGAAAAUGUGGCUCAGAGACAGAACCUGAAUCCAAACUACCUGAAGAGAAAACUGAAAGUCUGCAAUGGAAUGAAACAUGAGAAACUUGACGACCAGAAGCGGGACAAUAAUAAGAACCGCAGGCUGCGUCAAUCUUCUGGUCGUCGUGACCCUACAAAGAAACAUCAAUUUUCUUCAACAAUGAAGCGCUACAACAUCCUUGAUAACACCCCUUACCUGUAUUUGCCCUCGGCGUUUUGCAAGGCAAAUGGGCUUGUUCCUCAGAAAGCAAAAGUGACUCUGAAAGGUCCGAGUGGUGAGGAACACCAAGGUAGCCUCAUGGUGUAUGAUAGACAACAAGAUGGUUGCAUUCAUACUCGGGCUUGGAGCGGAUUUGUUGCAAGCAACAAUCUGAAAGUGGGUGACACUUGCAUCUUCAAACUUCGUGACACCGCAGGGAGCGGUUCAGAUGUCAUUGAGUUUGAUGUUGACGUUCAACCUGCAGCCUCUUAAUUUGUGUUUACAUAUCAUUGGAUUGGUUGCACAUAUAAAUUCUCGAUCUCAUCAUCCGAAACUUUGUGCUUCUCUUUGGUUUUUGGGACGUUUGUAGCAAGUGUCAUGUGACAAGCGUGGUGUACAUACAACCUAGCGUUUUUGUAACUGUAUUUCUGGCAAAUGUCUUUUUUUUCCUAUUAGGAGUGUUAGUUAACUGAUUGUUUGGCUUGAUAUAUUAAAAUUGCGACUAGUUCAUUUGGUUUUGUGGUAAAUUGGUGGCUCACUUCAAUGGGAGCUAAGUGGAGUAAAGAUGGAAGGAAGAGAACAAAUCAUGGAAAUCAUA